CUUUUUUAGUGUUGCUGACGAGACGCUGAUUGCACCAAGUUGUUGUCUACUACGGGAGCAAAUCGGGCAAUGAAUUACUAGCUGGUAGCUAGAACACCGAAGUAGCUAGAUAGGCAGCAAAUGAUCGAAUAUAAACCAGGGAGGAGAUUCAGGAGUUAACACCAAGAAAGAGCUCUCGAUAAACUGGUGAAAUAAAUGCCUUUACGCUGAAAAAUGGGUGGAGAUGUGUGUAAAUAGAAGCUAGUAACUUAGCAGGCUGUCAGCGCAAUUUUCAAAGCCAGAUAGGUUUUUUGUUGAUGUCAUUAGCUAAUUGGUUAGCAAUAACAUUAACUAGAAAUGUAUAAAUCGCUUAACCGUGUCAUCUCAUUGUGUUGAUAGCUAGUUAACUAUUUAACUAGCUUGCUAUUAUGACAGUCGAAACAUUGGUAACUAGUUGCGCUUGGAAAUCGAACGAGCAGGCUCUUCAAGAGGAUAGCUUUAGUUAGCCUAAGUUGGCUACGGUCAUUCAAUUAUCCAAAGCUGAUAGUAAACAACGCGUUAUUGUGAAUAGGUAUUGAUUGCAAACCAGUCGACACUUGUCUAACAUCACCGGGAAAUGAAGAAGUUCUUCGAUUCACGCCGGGAACUUGUGAGUUCCGGGCCUGGUUCUGGAGCGGGUGGAGGAGGCACUGGGUCCGGCAGCAGCGGUGGCAGUUUCAUUGGACGGGUAUUCACCAUUGGACGGUAUCAAGUGACCGUUGAUGAAACUGUUGCUGAAGGAGGCUUUGCCAUUGUGUUCCUGGUGCGGACCCACCAGGGGGUCCGCUGUGCCCUGAAGAGAAUGUACGUCAACAGCGAGCAUGACCUGCAUAUCUGCAAGCUAGAGAUCCAGAUCAUGAGGGACCUUGUGGGCCACAGGAACAUUGUGGGUUUCCUGGACUCCAGUAUAACUGCAGUGGGAGCAGGAGAUGUCUGGGAGGUCCUCAUCCUCAUGGAUUUCUGUCGUGGUGGUCAGGUGGUGAACCUGAUGAACCAGCGUCUGCAAACAGGCUUCACUGAGGCAGAGGUGCUGCAGAUCUUCUGUGACACCUGCGAGGCUGUGGCCCGCCUCCACCAGUGCAAGAUGCCAAUCAUCCAUCGAGAUCUCAAGGUGGAGAAUAUCCUGCUCCAUGACCGGGGACACUACGUGCUGUGUGACUUUGGUAGCGCCACCAACCGCUUCCAGGACCCUCAGACAGAGGGCAUUCCACUGGUGGAGGAGGAAAUCAAGAAGUACACUACUCUGUCAUACCGAGCCCCAGAGAUGAUCAACCUUUACAAUGGCAUGGUCAUCACUACAAAGGCAGACAUCUGGGCUAUGGGCUGCCUACUGUAUAAACUGUGCUACUUCACGCUGCCAUUUGGGGAGAGCCAGGUGGCCAUCUGUGACGGCAGCUUCACUAUACCAGACAACUCCCGCUAUUCACCGGACAUGCACUGCCUCAUCAGAUACAUGCUGGAGCCUGACCCAGAGAAGAGACCAGAUAUCUACCAAGUGUCCUACUUCUCCUUCAGGCUGGCCCGUAUCGAAUGCCCCAUCCAGAACAUACAUAACUCUCCCAUUCCUUCAAAACUCCCUGAACCAAUCAGAGCCAGCGAAGCUGUGGCCAAAAAGAGUCAAUCCAAAGCCAGGCUCUCAGACCCUGUCCCCACAAUGGAGACGUCCAUCGCGCCCCGUUCACGCCCCAAAGCUGGAGGGGCACAGUCCAUAGGCAUCCUGCCCAUCCAGCCGGCCCUCACCCCACGCAAGAGACCCAACAUGGCUGCAGGAGGGCCCCAGCCCAUAGGUGUUUUAGGCACCGCCCAGCCUGCAGUUGCUGUCCAAUUAGUCCAGCAGGCCACACCCCCACUGGCUCAGACCGCCCCUUCGCAGCCCAUGGCCACGCCCCAGCAUCAGCAGGGUCUCUUCAUGAAGCAGCAGGCUGCAGCCUUCUUCAGCCCACAGCAGCAGACCAACCAGCAUCUGGCUCCUGGACGUGGGCUCCACAAGGUUGGCUCCCUGACGCCCCCCUCCUCCCCAAAGAUGCCCCCCCGAGGCAGUCACAGACGCAUCCUGAGCGACGUCACCCACAGUGCUGUGUUUGGGGUCCCAGUCAGCAAGUCAACCCAGCUACUGCAGGCGGCUGCAGCCGAGGCCAGCCUCAACAAGUCCAA